GGAGCCAAUCCCGUUGCGUCUGACCUUCCUGCUCCUCGUCGCCAGCUCUCCAGACUGUCAGGCAGAAUAAAUCACCGACCGUACCGUGGCGUAUAUAUACGGCAAGCAGUGUAAUAACCUCUAAAACUAUAGUCAAUUAAAUAAGAUUAUUUCUUGUUCAAAAGCUAAGAAAUGAAGCAUGAGAAACGUGAUCGUUGACGGAAUUGCGUUAACCGCUGUCAGCCAGAGGAUGGUGCUAAAGAGGUCCAUUUAUAUGGUGUGACUGACAGCCGACCCGUGGUUGCCCCUUGUAGCCUCUAUGCGUGUAGCCUGGUACUUCCUGUGUUUAUUCCGACUUCCCCCUCAGACAGAUGGCGAGCGGACAGCUGUCCAGAGCGGAGGCGUUGACACGCGAGGGCGUCAGGCACGCCUGCCACGUGAUGCUCUACUGCGACACCCGGUCCAAGCUAUUCCAGAGAACGCCCAUCGGACACAUAGUACUGAUGCAGAUGCGUUUUGACGGUCUGUUGGGUUUUCCUGGCGGCCUGGUGGACCCUGGAGAGAGCCUGGAGGCGGGGCUUAGCAGGGAGGUGAUGGAGGAGACGGGCGUGGCCCUUGCUUUCUCCGAGGAGGAUCACAUGGCGUCCUGCUUUGCUCCGACCACCUCCGGCCCCCCCUCGACCCCCCCCCUGAUAACACACUUCUACGUGAAGAAGAUGGAGGAGGAUCAGAUCAGGGCCAUGGAGAUAGCGGGCCCCUCCAGGGCCAUGGACCACGGCCUGGAGGUCCUGGGCGUGGUGCGCGUCCCGCUGUACUUCUUGAGCGACGGCGGCGGUCUCCCCAGCUUCCUGUCACAUGGUUUCGCGGGGAACGCCCGCUCGCAGCUGCUGGACGCUCUGAGGCGCUACCACCUGGUCGCCCCCGACGACCUGGGCCGCGCCCUUGCCUCGGCCGCCCAGGUGACCGCGCGCUCGGCCGCCGGCCUGCAGGGCGCACUCGCCGAGGACGCACUGCAGAGCUCCUCAUAGACGCACGCACAAUGGACACGCACACAAACGCACACAAACACACACACUGUACACACACACACACACACUGUACACACACACACACACUGUACACACUGUACACACACACACACACACUGUACACAUAAACAAACAUGCACAUACUGUACACAUGCACAAUGGACAUGCAGCUAAACACAAAAACACACACAAUGUUCACAUACACACACAUACACAUACUGUACACAUGUCCAUUGUGCGUGUGUGUGCCUGGGCUCCUCGGAGGAGCAAACAAACACAAACUGUACACACACGUAUACAUACUGUACAAAUGCACAAUGGACGUGCAAAAAAAGCAAAAUACACAAACACGCACUGUACACAUGCAUACACAUAUUGCACACACACACAAUGGACCUGCACACAAACAAACUGUACACGAACACACACACACACACAUACUGUACACACAUGCACAAUGGACAUGCACACAAACACACUGUGAACACACAUAAUGUACACGUACACAUACUUUACACAUGCACAAUGGAUACACAUUCACACACACACACACACACACACACACACACACACACACACACACACACACACACACACACACACACACACACACACACACACACACACACACACACACACACACACACACACACACACACACACAAACUUCUAUCUGGCACACUGCUCACUGUACAGUGUGCACCGUACACACUCAAGUUCACGUAUGCACACACAUGCUGUACUAACACGCAUAUAUAUAUGUAUUACUGUGCACACACACUGUGCACACAUUGAUAUAGACUGUAAAAACACACACAAGCAUAAAUACAUACACAUGAACUUAAGCAUCCACCGAUAUAAGCACGCAUGCACAAGUCAUGACCCUCAGAAAUGCAACAUUUUACACACACCCACUGAUACUUAUACCCACUUAAAAUUAAAAUGUCCUGCCCAUUGAAUCUCACAAA